AUGCUGCAUGAUGGACUGCUCACGCCUGCUGUGGAAAGGCAUGACUCCGAACUGGUGGCCUUCCAUAUGUGCCACCACCGCAGCAGCCUGUUCUACGAGGUGCUAUCAAAGGAUGGUGGGGUACUCACCAUCUAUGAGUACAGCCUGUUGGCCAAGGAGUCUGUCAAGGUGGCGAUCUUCCAAGAGACGGUGCCUGCCAAGUCCCUUUGCUGCGUGGACAAUCUGCUGCUCCGCGCCUCGCGUGCCAGCCUUCUAGCCGUGAGCCUCUCAUCGGGUGCUCUCGGGGCAUCCAGCCUUCUGCAGAAGUUCAAGGACGAGCAGGAUGUGCUGGGCUCUUUGGCGGCGGCCUUUGCUGCAGACAUCGUCCAGCACGCCCAAGUUUAUGCAGUCGUGCCGAGGAAUCGGAGCGUGGUAAAGCUCCAUCUUCAAGAAGACACGCACGGUGUCUUGCACCUGACCGCUGUUGACGAAGUAUUGAUACCAGGUGAGGGAGCAGAUGGUCCAACAGAGACAGCCUCUGUGGUGCAGCCCCACCAUGUGGCGUGGCUGCAUGGCAAGCUCCUAAUAGUGGAUGGCUGCUCCUUGCGCCAGGUGGAAGAGGGCCGAGUGAAGACAUUGCUCGGAUCCGCUGUUGAAUGUGCAGAACCACCGAAUGAGACGCUGUCACCAGCUAGCUGGAUCUCUCGGAUUGCACAGCCUCUAGGCUUGGCGGUGGAGGCCGAGGCCACAACCGGACAUACUGUCCUGGUGCUAACACGCGGACAGGUCAUUCAGGUGACACAAGACGAUGGCACCUGCACGGAGUCAUCUCAUGACACUUGCAUCAAGGAGCAGUGUGGCUGGGUCGAAGAUGAUCGCCACAAUCGCUGUCUUGGCUGUUCGGAGCUGCAUGCCUGGGCCGAAACUCAGAGGCCGCCGCUGGAUCCAUGCCUCUUGCAGAGCAGCGCGAUAGGAGGCGCAGGCCGCGCGGACAGCGUGCGCUACGACCUCAGCGCCUGCGGCUGUGCCGUGCCCACCACAACGCCGUCGCCGGAAGAGGACAUUGGCUUAGCCGGCUUCAUGCGCGUGCUGCUCGUGCUGGGCAUUGCUGCUGGGGUAUUGUUCUACUGCUGGCGAGAGCGACAGCGACGUCGGUUUCAGCAGGACAUGUAUGGAAUGACUUCUGACACCGUUCAGUUUCACACUUUCAAUGAUCAAGAACAUGAUGUCUACGUGCGCUACGACAGUUGCGACACAUUUUCAUAG